CUAUUUCCUACAUUGUGUCUAUCUUACUUUCCCACUUUCAUUAUAUUGACAGAUACUCUAUCCAGAACAUUGUUUUUGUUUACAUCAAAAUGCCUGCACACAGAGACGUGCACCACGGAUACCGAUGGCGCGCAUCGAAUAUUUUCAUUGUCACAUGCAUCACGAUCGCUUUAUCUACAGAAACCUUCCUUUACAGCUUCAUAGUUCCUAUCUUGCAAGUCAUGCUUCGUGACCGUCUAGGAAUUGACGAUUCGAAAGCCCAGUCAACCACCUCAACUGUGCUCUUCUCUCACGCUUUUGCCUGUGCCAUUUCAGCUCCGAUUACUGGACAAAUCUCAGACAAAAUGUCAUCCCGCAAGAUUCCAUUGUUAAUAACUUUGGGAGCAGAACUUCUAGGCACAGUCCUAUGCGCAGCUGCGACGUCACUCCCUAUACUCAUUAUGGGACGUGUUAUUCAGGCGAUUGGCGGCAAUGCGACAUGGAUUAUUGGUCUUGCAACUAUCGCCGAUACGGUCGGGGCAGACAAUACGUCGCGAACACUGGCAACCAUCUCCAUGUUUUACAUGUCCGGCAUGUUAAUUGGCCCCAUUACCUCGGGGACCCUGUUACGUUUUGUUGGAUAUUGGCCAACUUGGGGAACAGCGAUUGCAGUAUUGGUGAUCGACAUGGUUAUGCGGGUGGUAAUGAUUGAGAAACCCGUGGAAAAUAAAAAGGACAAGGGCGUAAAACGAAAGAACAGUAUUACCGACGAAGAUUCCUUAUUACAUGGGGAUUUAGAGUCGACUACAUCGCAGAUUGACCACAUCAGUUCCGUAGAUGAAACCACUGGGCUGCUAACAUCCUCCCCGAAAAGCCAUGAUAGUCCGUCUGGAAGUCUUAGAGACCCGGAUGUGCCCAGUGAAACUGGUGUUAGGAAGCAUACAGUAUCGCAACCCAGUUUCUAUAGAGUCCUACUGACUAAUCCACGGGCCCUGACUGGCAUGGCCUGCCAUUUGACAGCCGGCCUUGUCUUGACCAGCUUAGACACAACCUUACCCCUUCAUGUAACGCGGGAAUUCGGAUGGGAUACAUCUCGGGUCAGUUUGAUGUUUCUGCUUGUUCAGACCCCUUUUCUUAUUCUAGGUCCCCUCACUGGCUGGUUGAAAGACCGGAUCGGCAGCAGAGUUCCGACUGGUAUUGGAUACGUAUCUUCGGGAGUGAUGAUGUGGAUUCUCGGCAUUCCGGGGAGUGGCUUGUUUUCUUUUGCAGGUGCUGGCGAUAGUGGGAAGCUUCUUUACGCUGCUUCAUUGCUAGGGCUUGGUAUCGCAAGGUCAUUAACCACUGGUGCCGGCAUACUGGAGAUGACGACGGUCAUCAGAGACCUCCAAGCUGAUAACCCCGAAAUUUUUGGACCUAAAGGAGGGUAUUCCCGAGGCUACUCACUCACGAACAUGAGCUGGACGGCUGGUAUGUUGAUUGGCCCUGUUCUGUCUGGUUGGCUUACUGAGACGGCCGGAUACUACUACAUGAACCUGACAUUUGGUAAGUCAAACAACCUUACUUUUUAUUGACAUCUCAAUAUUUCAUCAUUUCUCUUACGUAGAUAUGAUUGUGGGAGCAAAUUGGAAAGCUAACCAGCGCAAAAGCCAUCAUUUGCAUAUUGGUGGGAGCAUUCUGUUUUACGUUUCUUCAUAAAAAAUGAUUUUUGAAAGGAUAUGAAUUGGAGAACAAUCUUUCUUACAUCAAGCAUGAACAUGAUGAUGUGCUUGUGAUGAACGUACAAAAGUCUUUAGUAGGUUUAUAUCUCAGGUUUCUAUUCUUUCCCCAAAUGUUCUGAGAUGAAACAUGAGUGAGAAUGAAAUAAGCCUUCAGGAUAAUUUUUGUGAGUUGAGAAUAGGCAGAAUACUUAUAAGGGUCUUUAAAUCCAUGUUUUUUCUUUUGGCUUGAAAUGUUUCCUUAUAGUCCGACAAGAUUUGCAUUAUUUAGUAAC